UCUGCGCAGGCGCUAAGCGGGAAGUAAAGGGGUGGAUCGGAAACUAGAGUGUGACUGUGGUCUGGAAGAAGAGAGCAAAUCGGAAGGGUUCGCGCUCCGAAGGAAAGGGGGAAGUAAAAAGGAAAGAAUUCUCGCCUUCCGGGAAAGAUUGUAAAGACCAUCUCGUCACCGAGGAACUAGUUCAACCAGUAACUGUCUCAAGGGCAUACAAAAUGGCAGAACCCGAGCUCACCGUUUCUGCCUCUCAGUUCAUAAUUUCGUGAAAAUAUCAGAGAAGGAAGCCCUGGUGAGACUAGGGGAAGGUGGAGGCGUGGCCCCUGAACUCCGGACAUUCUUAAAGGAGAUAACUAGGGUACAGGGGAGAGGUUGUACAAGGAAGAAGUGGGGCGGGGAUGCAAAGACAAAGGGAGAGAAAUAGAAAUGAGGAUAUGCACGUCGAAUUCAUCAACGUACACUCUCUAUUCUCUCCUCGAAGCCACUUUUUCUUACUGUUCUCUUUCCUGGCAUGCUGACUCAAAUGUCUGCAUCAGCUCAGGUCUGCUGUAUGGAAACCUAAGAGAAGACUUCUCUGACAUCUUAUCCAAGAUUCCUUAUAUUACAUGGCAGGAGGAGUGGGUAAACUUAGAGAUAGUAAAGACAACAUCAGAUUAAUCAAGAGCUUUCUUCAUAUUGCAGAAUCCGUCCUCAGUAAGACUCCAGAUGUCGGACAGGGUUAACUGGUUACAAAGCCAAAAUGGGGUAUGCAAAGUUGAUGUCUAUUCACCCGGAGAUAGCCAGCCCCAAGACUGGAAAACGGAAGCCUCAACUGAUCCUGUCAGAGUGCUCAGCUGGCUCCGCAGAGACCUGGAAAAAAGUACAGCAGGGUUCCAAGAUGUUAGUUUCAAGCCUGGAGACUCAUCCUUUGGUGGGGAAAUGACAGACUCAGGAGGCCCAUGCAAGGGUUUCUUAGUGGACUACUACAAUACCCCCAACAAGGGCAGUCCAGAGAGAGUUCAUUUUGAGGUGACUCACAGAGAGAACCCUCUCCAGGAUGCCAGCGCCCAAGUUGGUAAUGAAAGAGCAGUAGAUGAAGUUUCCUUCUAUGCUAACCGCCUCACAAACUUAGUCAUUGCCAUGGCCCGCAAGGAGAUCAAUGAAAAGAUUGAUGGCUCUGAAAACAAAUGUGUCCAUCAGUCAUUGUAUAUGGGGGAUGAACCCCCACUCAACAAAAGCCUGAGUAAAGUGGCAUCAGAGCUAGUGAAUGAGACUGUCGCCAAAUGUUCCAAUAACACUACCUCAGAUAAAUUUCCUGGCCCUGGUGACAAAGCCUCAAAUGUGAAAUAUAAGACCACUUUGAAGAUCAAGGAAAACAAGGGUCCAGAUGACAAGCCUGCUUCUAAGAAGUCCUUCUUCUAUAAAGAAGUGUUUGAAUCUCGUAAUGCAGGUGAUGCUAAAGGGGGUAGAUGGUCCUUACCUGGGGAGAGAAAGUUAUUCAGUGGGCAAGAGAGGCCUGAUGACUUUACAGCUUCUGUCAGUCAAAAGAUCAUGACCUAUGCUAACAGUGUGGUAUCUGAUAUGAUGGUCUCCAUCAUGAAGACACUGAAAAUCCAAGUGAAGGACACAACCAUUGCCACCAUCCUGCUGAAGAGGGUACUGAUCAAGCAUGCAAAAGACGUGGUCUCAGAUCUCAUUGACUCCUUCAUGAAGAACCUCCACAAUGUCACAGGGACUCUCAUGACUGAUACAGACUUUGUGUCAGCUGUGAAAAGAAGUUUCUUCUCUCAUGGAAGCCAGAAGGCCACAGAUAUCAUGGAUGCUAUGUUGAAUAAGCUUUACACUGUGGUGUUUGCCAAGAAACCUCCUGAGAAUAUCAGGAAAACCAAGGACAAGUCAGAGAGUUAUUCCCUUCUCUCCAUGAAAGGAAUGGGUGACCCUAAAAAAAGAAAUGUAAAUUUUGCAACAAUGAAAUCUGAAGGUAAAUUGAGGGAAAAAAUAUGCUGUCCUCCACGUGAACCAGAGAAGACAUGCGCUGAAACUUUGGGUGAACACAUUAUCAAAGAAGGACUGAGCUUGUGGCAUAAAAGUCAGAAUAAAGAAGGAGUAUUUCCAGGUUCUCAGUGUGUAACAUUUGCAGCUCCCAAUGACCAGUGUAGCCCUACACCAGAAUAUCCCCUUGGACAUCCCAUGGAUAUUGGCAACCUCAGCCCUCCAGGGCAUCACCUAGAGAAUCCUGAGAAUUUUAUGUGUGAUUCAGACUCCUGGGCCAAGGACCUGCUUGUAUCUGCCUUACUUCUAAUUCAGUACCAUCUGGCCCAGGGAGGAAGUAUGGAUGCACAGAGUUUCCUUGAUGCUGCUGGUACUAACAACUUUCCCACCACUAAGCCCCCUGUUGUUUCUGAUGAGACCAACCUUAAGUGUCCUCAUGGGGGAGGUAACCAAGAAGAAGCAGAAAAGAAAGAUCUAAAGAGCAUUUUCUUCAACUUUAUCCGGAAUUUACUUACUGAGACUAUUUUCAAGAACAACAGUAGCUCUGAACCCAAGGUGCCAGAACAACCAAUUAAGGAAGACUUCUUCAAAAGACCUGUAACCCCUUCUCCCAUAAAACUAAGUGAAUGUGAUGAGGCUGAUGGUACCUUUCCUGGGCUGAGCAUGAUAGUUGCUGACCAGCUGGAUGGCCACAUGAAUGGGGAAAUGGUAGAACAUCUGAUGGACUCAGUGAUGAAACUUUGUCUCAUUAUUGCCAAGUCCUGUGACCCUCCCUUUGCAAAACUGGGAGACGAUAAGUCUGGUGAUGCUAGCAGGCCAACUUCAAACUUUCCUGAUAGUUUAUAUGAGUGUUUACCAGUCAAGGGCACAGGGACAGCAGAGACUGUCUUACAAAAUGCCUAUCAAGCUAUUCAUAAUGAAUUGAGAGGUAUAUCAGGACAGCUCCCUGAAGGGUGUGCAGCACCCAAAGUGGUUGUCAGCAAUCAUAACAUAAUUGAUAGUGUUCAGAACAAGCAACUCCAAGCUGUACUUCAAUGGGUAGCUGCCUCUGAGCUCAAUGUCCCUAUUUUGUACUUUGCUGGUGAUGAUGAAGGAAUCCAAGAAAAGCUACUUCAGCUCUCAGCUGCUGCGGUGGAAAAAGGACGCAGCGUAGGUGAGGUUCUGCAGUCAGUGCUACGCUAUGAGAAGGAGCGACAGCUGGAUGAGGCAGUGGGGAAUGUCACACGGCUGCAGCUGCUGGACUGGUUGAUGGAGAACUUGUGAUGGGCGCCCACCCAGUGCUUUCCCCUCUUCCAGCAGUCGGCUCGGCCCUUUUCCCUCCCCUUCUUUCUCACUUCCACAGCUCCUCUCUCUAUAUCCUCACAGAGCCCUAACAUUAUCUUCAUCCCACUCACAUGAAAGACAUGUCAUCUUAUGCUAGUCACUGGAUUUUGCAGAUUUUCCUGUCCAUGCGAGCAAGGACAUAAAAUAAAAAACAUUACAAUUAAAGUGCUCCAAGUGUAUGGUUUCCUUGGGA